AUCUGUUUGCUGAUCCAAUUCUGGAGAGAGAAAGGAAACAAGAUUUCAAGGAGAAGGAUAUGGAUUCGUCUGCCAAAUCAGCAGAUGAGGUGGUGGAAGAGAUAAUGAGAAUUCAUAGAUCUCUUCCUCCAAGACCGGUAAUUGAUGACGUUGAAGCUGCAGUGAUACUGAUCCGAAACGCAGACAAUGAAGAACAAUCCAGGAUCGAAAGCAUUGCCAGGCAAAAGAAGCGAAAACACAUCUCUGAAGAACUUUUUAAUGUGUUGGUAGAGAUGCAGAAGCAUUUAGUUCAUUUCCAAAGUAAAGAACAGAAGAGGGAAGCUGUUAAAUUGCUAGAUCUUGAAAACUACCAUCAACUGUUCGACGAAAUGAUUCAGAGGGCGUCCAAAUGUUGUGCUCCAUCCAAUAAUAAUAGCACCCAAUCAGUUGCAUCAUCUUCAAGUAGUUCUUCGCCUUUGACAAAUCCGCCUUCUAGCAGUGUGAGUGUAUCAACGACAUCCACUUCUAGCUUGUCCUUUGACAAAGAGCCUGUCAAAAGUCCUCAGUUUUUCACUAGAGAUGAUAGCUAUGUGGAGAAGUCCAAGUCUUCGUUUCAUGGCGGGGCAAUUGGAGGAGGGCUUCGAUCAAGUGAAUUUUUCAGACCCCAGAUUGUGGAUUCCACUCUAAAACCUGCCAUUACCUCUGGCCCAGAUGGUGAAAAAUUGAGUCUUAUAAAGCUUGCUAGUUUGAUCGAAGUAUCUUCAAAGAAAGGAUUGAAAGAUCUCAAUCUUCAUAAUAAACUGAUGGACCAAAUUGAAUGGCUUCCUGACUCAAUAGGGAAGUUAUCCAGUUUGGUCACACUGAAUCUGUCAGAAAAUCAGCUUCUUGCCUUGCCCUCUUCGAUCGGAAGCCUUUUGUCAUUGACGAAACUAAAUUUAUAUUCAAACAAAAUUGUGGAGCUCCCAGAAUCCAUAGGGAAUCUUGUUAACUUGGUCCAUCUUGAUCUCCGGGGAAACCUGUUGACAUCUCUUCCUGCGACCUUUGGUAGAUUAACCCGUCUUCAAGAUCUUGAUUUGAGUUCAAACAACCUACCAGUUCUUCCUGAUUCUCUUGGUUCACUGGUCAGUCUACAGAAACUGAAUAUUGAGACUAACGGAAUCGAAGAAAUUCCACAUGCCAUUGGUCAUUGCACAUCCCUCACGGUUCUUCUUGCAGACUAUAACAAGCUUAAAGCCUUACCAGAAGCUGUAGGCAGAAUUGAAUCGUUGGAGAAACUAUCUGUUCGCUAUAAUAACAUCAGCAGAUUACCAACCACCAUGUCAUCCCUGAAAAACAUAAAACAACUCGAUCUAAGUUUCAAUGAGCUUGAUUCAGUGCCUGAGAGCUUAUGUUUUGCUACUACCCUCAUAAAGAUCAACAUCAGCAACAACUUUGCUGAUCUAAGAUCCCUUCCAAGAUCCAUUGGAAACCUUGAGAAUUUGGAAGAGUUGGAUAUGAGCAAUAACCAAAUAAGAAUCCUUCCAGAUUCCUUUAGGAUGCUAUCAAAGCUACGUGUCUUGAAAGUUGAAGGCAAUCCUUUGGAAGUACCAGCACAUAACGUUGUCGAGCAAGGUGCCCAGGCUGUUGUUAGGUACAUAAGUGAAGCCCAUGAGAAGAAGGAUUUGAAAUCACCACUUGUCAAACACAAAAAAUCUUGGACUCGCUUCUUCUUCUUUUCAAGGUCUAAUAAACGAAAGCGCCGUGGUCUUGAUUAUGUGGCUGCAUAGUUUUGCAGCAGCUCAAGAUAGCUCAAUCGAUACGAACUUGAAUUUGCUCCAAAGAGAUCGGCACUUCAAAUCCCCUCAUGGCCACCGCAAGGUUUGGCCAUUAACGUGUUGUGGGCCCAUGGGAUUAGUCAAGGUGCUAGUAAGCUGGCCAGGACACCCAUCGUUUUCUAAUUUGCAGCAGCUUCAACUAAUUUCCUUUCUUAAGGCAAGUUUCACAUCAUUGAUCUUUAGCUCAUAUGUUUAGUUCUCUUCAUAUUUACCGCACCUUCCAAUUAGGCAGCAUUAGCAUAGAAAAUACUUGUACAUGGAAAAAAUUCUCUAGUUUGUUACCGUUUUAAGUCUUUUAAGAAAAUGAAUUUGUAGCUUACCUUGUAAUUAAGAAUAUAGUUUA